AUGAGCUGUCGCUACGGCUUUGGCUCUUUGAGGCCAAGACCGGGUCUCAGCCAAGGCAGUAAUGUCUCUGUUCUAUUUAACGUGGCCGUUAGUCUUCCGAAUAUUUCGGUGGUGGAUUGUGGCGGAGCACUGAUGGAUGAGGUCAACACUACUUGCACCGUGACAGCAGAUGAUAGCUUAUCAUCCGCUUCAGCAUCAGUUCCAUGGAGUCCUAGACAGCUUGUUUUCCGACCUUAUGCGCCAAGUGAUGCAAAGUCACAGAAUUUGCGUGUUCUCGUUAAACGACCUUUGGUAUCAAGAUUAACCAAGGAUAUAGUUGACACAUACAGAAUAUGCAACCCGCAGUUCAGUUAUUCAGAUGAAUUAAACCCAAAAAGGUUUCUGACAACCCCAUCUGCUGGAGUACUCAAUGAUGGCUAUGAUAAUGAAAAUUCAGACCUUAUUCUUACUGUGAACUUUGCCUUGGUUAAUUUAGACACUCACAGAAGAUAUAUUGUAAAAGACAUACUCGGGCAAGGGACAUUCGGGCAGGUUGCUAAAUGUUGGGUUGCUGAGCUGGACCGUUUUGUUGCAGUGAAGGUUAUAAAAAAUCAACCUGCUUACUAUCAGCAGGCAUUGGUUGAAGUUUCCAUACUGACAACAUUAAAUAAAAAGUUUGACCCUGAGGAUAAGCAUCAUAUUGUUCGUAUUUAUGAUUACUUUGUAUACCAGCGACAUCUUUGCAUUGCUUUUGAACUGCUUGAUUCGAAUCUGUAUGAGCUUAUAAAGCUAAAUCACUUUCGGGGAUUAUCAUUGAGCAUUGUGCAACUAUUCUCAAAGCAGAUUUUAUACGGUUUAGCUCUGAUGAAAGAUGCUGCUAUUAUCCAUUGUGAUUUAAAACCUGAGAACAUUCUCUUAUGCACCAGUGUGAAACCAGCAGCGAUCAAAAUUAUUGACUUCGGAUCAGCAUGCAUGGAAGAUCACACUGUUUACUCCUAUAUCCAGAGUCGAUACUACAGAUCACCUGAAGUUCUUCUUGGAUAUCAGUAUACAACUGCCAUUGACAUGUGGUCAUUUGGAUGCAUAGUUGCUGAACUAUUUCUUGGCCUACCACUUUUUCCAGGAGCAUCAGAAUUUGAUCUUCUUAGGAGGAUGAUAAAGAUACUCGGGGAACAACCACCUGAUUAUGUACUUAAAGAGGCAAAGAACACUAGCAAAUUCUUCAAGUGUGUAGGAAGUGUCAGCCAUGAAGAGACUAGUCAGAUUUCUUCUUGUGGAAGGAGUGUAUACCAAGCUUUAAAUGAAGAAGAAUAUGAAGCUAGAGAGUUGAAGAAACCAUCAAUUGGAAAGGAGUACUUCAAUCACAUGAAUCUUGAAACAAUUGUCAAAAAGUAUCCUUACAGAAAAAAUCUACAAGAAGAAGAUUUGGCUAAAGAAAGUCAAAUACGACUAGCACUCAUUGAUUUCUUGAGGGGACUCGUAGAAUUCGAUCCAGCCAAACGAUGGUCACCUUUGCAGGCUUCUAAACAUCCCUUUGUAACCGGUGAACCUUUUACUUGCCCUUAUACACCUGCUCCCGAAACUCCUCGUGUGCCCGUUUCUCAUAACAUGAAGGUUGACCAUCAUCCAGCUGGCGGUCAUUGGUUUGCUGCAGGUCUCUCUCCUAACGUUCUAGGUGGAAACCGAGUGGCAAUGUAUAACAACUCUCAUUUUCAAGUAAUGCCAUACGCACACGGGGGUAAUUUCGGAAGUUUAGGAAGUCAUGGCAGUUACAACGAUGGUAAUUUACUCGGAAGUAGUUAUGGUAGUUACGGGGACAACAGUAACAACAUGGUCACGUAUUAUUCCCCCGUGGGCCCAUCAGCCAUGAACAACUAUGCUCAAGGACACGCCCCGGUUCUUGGAAGUAGCCCGGAUGCUAGAAGAAGAAUCAUGCAAAUCCCACAUGGAAACGGGUUCGGGUUCAGCCCGGCCCAAGGGAAUUUUGCACCCAUGUCACUCGGAACCAGCCCAUCACAAUUCACCCCGCCCUAUUCCCAGGUUACAAGCGGGUCCCCCGGGCAUUAUGGGCCUAGUUCACCAGCUAGAGGGAAUCACGGAUCGCCUCUUGGAAAGGGAACUGGGAUUCCAUCCGGGAAUCAGAUGAAUAGAAGAAAACCGUGGGGGUAUUCCGGGAGUUUACAAACUCAGGAAACAACAUCGACUCCUCAUUGGCAAGGACACGGACAAGGACAAGGACAAGGACAAGGACAGUUUCCUGAUGUUAGUUCGUCCAUUGAGAGUUCGCCACCUGUCAUGGGUCGUUCUUCAAUGCAUCAUCUACAACCGAAUUUAAAUUCUCAAAACCGGAAGCAACAACAGAGAAGUAGUGGGAAUCAUAAACAGUUUAAGUCUGAAGCUAGCACUUCGCUUCCUGAUCCCGGGGAUUGGGAUCCUAACUACAGUGACGAGUUGCUUCUUCAAGAUGAUAGUUCAGAUGUGAACAACAUGACAGUGGAAUUCAGUAAGAGUAUGCAUCUUAAUCAAGAAUCAUUUGUUGGGGCUGGGAGAUUCAAUCAGAUGUCAACACAACGGCCAAUUCAAGGAUUCCCACAUGGAGAAGGCUCAUCCCAAGACAUAUAUGUUCACCCCAUGAUGACACCUUCCCAUUUAAUGCCUUCUCAUUUCUCACAAUUUUCACCGAGUCGAUUGGGCCAGCAGCCCGUUCAACGGUUCAAUCACGGAAGGUCAAUGGGAAUCCGCGGGGCGGAAUGGAAUCAUGUAAAACAGGCUCCUCUUUCCAAUUUCAAUUCCGGAGGUCCUCGUUCCCUUGGAAGCAGCAGUGCACCAUGGGGGCGUAGGGGAAACCAUCCGAUUGCUGCCGAUAUUCUGCCAUCUUCACAUGGAGGAAAUGAAUAUGGAAGGAUUGCUUGAGGUUGAGGGUGGUGGAAAUGGAAUUUGAAACUAUAUAUAGAAUGAAUUUGUCUACUGUUGGCAUGAUAACUGUUAGUUGAAGUUAUGUUGGAUGUGCAUUCAUAGUGAUUCUUUAAGUAUGGAUUAUGAAACCUGGUUUCUUCCUAUUUCUUUUAUUUGUUGGCAUGCUGGGAUAGUCCUCAAUUGUUAUUUGUUUGUUUGUUUGUUUGUUUGUUUAAUUGGUUGAUUUACUUUUGAAGAAUAGUGGUUGGUCAAUGUGCUCUUUGCUUAGAUGAGCAAUUUGUGUCGGAUCUUGGAUCCUUCGUUUGUGGAUCCAAGAAAGUCCAUUAGUCAAAUGGUUGGGGUAAGUGUGCCCAAUGCCCAUGGCACAUGGAUGUCUUUGAGUCUUUAAAUUUGUAACCAGUUCUUUUACCAACACUUUUCUUUUAUAGAUUAAAGGGUUUAAUAUAAGAUGAUAUAAAAUGUUC